ACACAGGCGUCGUUGUCCCGGCAACAAAUCCCCGUUUUAGCGGCUCCCGGGAGCUUGGGCGCAUGCGCCUGCCUGGAACGACGGAAAUGCCGAGCUGCGCGCGCGCCACGUCUCGAACGGGAGUGACCCUCCCCCGCAGGCGGCCCAGGCCCGCCCCUGCGCGCGGGGGAGAGCGGGAGCGGGAGCGGGGCUGGCGGCGGAGAGCGAUAUUGACAGCUGAUCAUGGCUUUCAGAAAUGUGAACAGAAGACGUCACAUUGGACUUCAGCAGCUUUCAUCUUUAGCGUCAAUAGGAAGAACACUUUUAGGGCCAGUAAAAUCAUAUAAAUUUAUUGUAGAUGUAAGCACCAGUGAGAGUGUUUUGACUUGUUCUGCAGUUAGACUUCUUGAAAGUUUGGAUUUAACUAGUGCAGUGGGACAGCUUCUUAAUGAAACAAUUCAGGCACAGAACAAAGAAUAUAAAACUGGGAUGACUACCCUGUUGUUUCUUGUUGGUGCAUGGAGCAGUGCUGUACUUGAAUGCCUUCAGCAGAAUGUUCCUUUUUCACUAAUAGUAUCUGUGAUGUCUGAAGGAUUGAACUCUUGCAGUGAAAAAGUCGAGUGUCUUCAGCUAUCAGUACAUGAUUUAUAUAAAGGGCCCGAUUCUGUUCCCAUUCACUUCAGUUCUAGCUGUCUGGGGCCCCAAAUUAUUGAAAAUAAAACUUCUAGUAUUGGAUCUAACAGUUUUUUAAACCCUCUUGUGCAUAUUCCUAAAGAGGUUCCUGUAUCUAAAGAAGAAAGUAUUCCAGAAGGCCUUCAUUCUCAUCAAGCAAGCUCUUGCGAUCCUCAUAACAGAUGUUUGAAUUCACACCUAUGCACUACAGACUAUAUAACACCCUUAUUGGAUGAACCAGUGGGCAAUAAAAUUAUGCCUGCAGUUCCUGGAAGCAGCUUGAUUACAUCCAGCUGUAACAAAAGAACAAGAUUAACUCAUAGUAGAUACUUUAACAUUCCAGGAAAAAGCCAUUGUUCACUCCAAGUAGACAAUUUUGGGGGUCCUCCCACUGGGCCUGCAGCAUGUCCUUAUGAAUUUAAUGAUUUUGGACAAUUGGCAAUGGCUCUUAGCCAUGGGAAUCAGUCUAGCAUGAAAUUGGUACAGGAUAUUGUCAGAUGCCAGCAACAAGUAGCUGAUCACACAGGUUCUUCUCAAUUUAAUAUUGCAGAAGUUGUGACGUGCUGUUUACCAGGAUUGUCUGAACAUUAUUCUUGUGUGUGUCCGGGGUAUAUCACUUUAGUAUCACCAGAGAAAGUCGCUGUUACCAAGCAACUUCAGGAUAGACCGCUUCAGAUUCUUCUUGUAGAUGGUGAUCUAACGGAAAAGUAUCGUCACUUGGGAUUUAAUAGACCAUCAAAUGUCAGAAUAAUAUCAGAAAAUGUAGGUUUGCAAGAAAGUAGCUCAGAAAGUUUAUGGAUAAAUUGUGCGUUAGAUGUUUUAAUACAAGCAAAAGUAAAUUUAGUUUUGGUUAAAGGAAAUGUGUGUGAAAGUUUAAUGGAAAGAUGCAUCCUGAAUAACAUAUUGAUAAUCAAUCCAGUAACUCACAAUGUGCUACAUGCUUUUGGGAAGGGCACAGGAGUGCAGCUGGUGACAUACCUUUCCCAGGUAAAUAGUCAUUGCGUGGGUAGCAGUGUCUGGGUGGAUUUCUGGAGAACUGGUGACUUGAGCACAAUGGAAUUGGAUAACAAAGUGCCAAUCAGUAUCAAAGCUGAAGGAAUUCAUCUGGUAACAGCUGUGCUUAGUAGCACAGUAACUGCAAAGAUGCAAGUCACUGAAGAUCAUUUCUGGACUUGUGCUUAUCGCCUGCAUCAUGCUCUAACUGACCAGAAAGUUUUUCCUGGAGGUGGUGCUGUUGAACUGUUGUGUCUCAGUCAUCUUAAAAAGCUUGAAGAACAAUCUUUAAAGCAAGCAGAUAAAAAACUUUCAGGAGAUUUUUACAUGUCUUCUUGUUGGCUGACAAAAUCAUUCACACAGUAUAAACCAGUUGUGCUUAAAGCUCUGGCAAGUGGUUGGCAUCAGUACCUUUCAAGACUCAUGUGUAACACUGCUCAUUAUGCAUCAGAGUUUGAAGUAAGCACUUCCAUCGAGCAUCAUCUCAAAAAAGCAGCAGACUGUGGUUCUCCUUCAGCAUAUAUUCUGAAAGAGUUCAAUAAAGGAGAUAAGGUCAUGGUGGAUUUUGGUCUUUCAACUAAACCUGAGGAGGCUGUAAAGAUAUAUGACAAUGUUACACCCAAGGUGGAAGCAUGGCGCAGAGCUCUAGACUUGGUGCUAUUAGUGCUUCAAACAGAUGCUGAAAUUAUCACAGGUCCUAAGAGAAAUCAGUUAUUAAAUUCACAUGUAUCUAGUGAGUUCAUAUUUUUAUAGGACUUGGUAGGUUUUAUGUAUGACUCUAACUCAGUGGGUGGAAAAUUUGCAGGUACACGGAAAUGUUUAUACAGCUAUAAAGCAAACUUUUAAGGAGUUAUGCCAGUGAUAUUUACAAAUAAAAUUCAGCACAUGGAUGUAGAGACAAACUAGAUAGUGCUGUAGCUUUUAAUUUCUAGAAAUGGAAAUUUGAGUAUCCACCCAAUCUACACUGUGACGAGGUCAAACUGAUGCAUGAGAGAAGUAUGAAGCUACUAGGUGGAGUGGGAUACUAAUGGAAAUGAGCUCACUGUCUCUAAGCAACAAUACUGCCUGUUUGUUUCCAUGCUCUCUCCAUUAACCGCCUCCCCACCUCUUAUACUACGUUGCAUAGGAAGCAAAAAAUACAGCUCCAGACUCCUCAGAUGGAGAGUAAAGGCUGAAAUUUGGUCUGGGUUUCUGGCGUGUUUGUGCUUUGCAAAACAAUGGGCUGGGGUGGGGGGUGGGAAAGCUGAGGGCUUCAUCCACAGAUUUCCCUUUACUACAAAGUCAGUUCUUGUCCUUAUUCACCUGCUACUAAAGAGGAGUAGCACCCUCCUGUCUCAACUGCUGUUUUUGUGGGUGUUCUGUAAUUUUAAGGGGGCUUUGCUUUGUCUGUCUCUAACUACCUUUUGAUGGGGGUGGACCUACUAAAUUCUUGUUUCUUCUCCAUGACUGAACUCACUGACAGAGUUGUCACCUCAAGAGCAUUCUCCUGUGAUUCAGGAGAUUCUCCAGGAAUAGCGCAGACAAGACCUGAAGUUUCUUAUGUGAAAAAACCCCCACUAGAAAUAAGAAUUGUAAAAAUCUUCCAGGCCUUCUUUAUAAACCGUAAGACAAAGGAUAG